UUUUCUGCGCAAGACCGUAUUUCGGACCGAUCUCCUCAUGGGUCACACUGGUGGAAGUAAUAACAUUGGGAGAGAUACAAGUGAAAAGUCGAAAAAAUAGUUAAAAAUACAGACACGGUUGAAAUCGAAGUGAUAGGCUCGGGCAAACAAGCCGAGCAAUAGACGUAAUCAAUUCAGUGAUUGGUUAAGAAAAUGUUUGACAAAAACUAGAAUUCCAACCGCGUCCUUACAUACUCACGCACACACACUCACAUUCACACGCGAACGCGAUUUGCCAUCGUUGCCUCUGCGCCUCCUUUCACGCACACCUUUGAACGGGCAUCGCAGUUUUUUUUGUCGCAGCUGCAACGCAAAUUCCGAAAAGGAUUCGCAAAAACGAUCGGGAUUAUCCUGGCUUCAACUUCAAGGCGGCCAGCUAACCGCAAAGAUGGCUUCCAACGUUCUGAGGUUCUAGGGAGAAAGCCUGGUUUGUGGCCCAGAGUGUGGGGUCCUUAGACUCUAGCAUGUUCACUCCCAUCAAGAAGAUAUUCACGUAUAUACAAAAAAAUGCCAGCGGCUCGAACAUGUUCAGUCCACAAACGAACACAGCAGGCCAGAGGGAAGCCGGAGCUACCGGCCUAAGUGCCCACGAAGAAGGCGUAGACAAAGACCGGAUUAGGGACCAGGAGGACGAGGAUCCGGGGCUGGACCGAGAUCGAAAUGGAAAGAGGCAGUUGCUUGUGCAGCAACAGUUGGUGGCCGACGACGAAGAUGACAUCGAGCGACAGAUCAAGACCUCUAUAAUUGAUGCUACCAAAGUGCAUGCGGCCAAGGCAAAGGCAAUGGCUACUCUCCCUCUGCCGCUGGAGCAGCUGGAUGACGAGCUGGCGGACUUCGCCCACGGUCCAACCGAUCCAGAGCUCGAGGAGCAGUUCCUAGAGCUCGAGAACUUUCCGAACAAUGAGAUCAUUGUUCUGAGCGAUACGGAUCUUAACUCUUCUAUAGCUUCGGACGCCGUCUCGGAAGACCCACUGGCUAUCGAUAAUAUUCUGGACUCUUCCUCGGUCACCACCAACGAAGAGGCUGACACCAGUGGCGAACUACUUUGGCUGAAGCUGGAUAACGAAAAGGAGAUAGCUCCCAGAGCAGUGGUAGCUACCUGCUCCGAUCCGCCACCUCAGGAGCCCGCUAAGCAGGUGAAGACCAAGGAGGACGAGCUAAGGGAUGGCGGUUCGGACUCCGGUCUAGGAAGCGAAACGUCCGCUUUGGUGAAAGGCAAGCUGGACAAGGAACCAGAGCCGGAGCCAAGCGAUAAGCAGGAAACCAAACCCACAAGAUCCAAUCUGAAACGGCGAUUGGAGGACACCGAGAGCGAUGUCAUCGACUUGCCCGACAUGUCGGCACAACCUGUGGCGUCUCAGAAGCGAGCCAAGCGCUCGAUCAAUUUUGAUCAAGUAAAGGUUUACUAUUUCCCCAGGCAACAGGGCUUCAGCUGUGUGCCCACGGCUGGCGGAUGCACCCUGGGCAUGGGUGCCCGGCACAUAGCUUUCAAGACCAUGACUCUCGCGGAGCAUGCGGCGGAGUUGCGGCGAGCACAUCGUAACCAAAAUCAGGAUCUGCAGGCGCGCGGGUCCAGCAGCGACGACAGCGAGGAGUCCGAAGAGGAUUACUUGAGUGAGGGCAGUGGCUCGGAUGCGGACGAUGGCUCCAACGGCUUCCUUCAGCCUGUGACCCCGAAACAAAGAAGAGCUCUCCUCAAAGCAGCCGGUGUUCGGAAGAUAGAUGCCAGCGAGAAGAGCGAAUGCCGGGACAUCCGGAACUCUCGGGAGGUCUGCGGCUGUUCUUGCAGGGAGUUCUGUGACCCGGAAACCUGCGACUGCAGCCAAGCCGGGAUUAAAUGCCAAGUCGACCGGGCCAUGUUCCCCUGCGGGUGCACUCGCGAAGCUUGCGGAAACACUGUGGGACGCGUGGAAUUCAAUCCUACCAGGGUGCGGACUCACUACAUCCAUACGGUAAUGAGGCUGGACUUGGAACAGCGACAGGGCUCGGUGCAGGGCAUCCAGGGAGGCCAUCUCCAGCAGCAACAACAACAGCAGCAGCAGACGCACCAGGCCAUGAGCUAUUCGCCCGUGGGAACAGGCACCGCCGCAUCCACGUACUUCCUGCAAACGCAAUCGAACUACAGUUCGGGAUACGCCUCGCCAGCCUACACGCCCGAGAGCAGUGUGAGCUACUACCAGCAGCAGGUGCAGCAGCAGCAGAGUCCUGGCAGCGGGACAAGUGCCCCGCCACAGACGCAGAGCCAAGGAUACGCGACCUACGCCCAGUUGGACAGCCUGGACUCGGGACUAUUUGCGAGUGGCAGCAAUGCCACACCCUCCUACGGAGAGCUGUAUCAGUCGCUCAGCUACGGCGGCGCUCAGAUAACGUCCUACUCGGCCACAUACCAAUCGCAUUCAUCAUCGGCAGGAGUCGUGGCUGCCGCCGCAGGAACUGUUAGCUCCUGUGCCUACAGCUCCUGUGCUGUACCCUCGGCCCCGCCGUUCGGAAAUGCCACCACUACGGCCUCCAGCAAUGCUCCCUAUCAGACCACCGCCGCUUCAAUGACCGCAGCAUCGACCCCAGCGCAGUCGCGACUCAUUGGUAAUCCGACAUCAACUGCUGUCUCGUCUUCGCCAGCCACCGGUACCGCUUCCUCCUCUUCUCCUUCGGAUUUUAUCAGUCUAAGCACACCGAUCGCCAGUUCCUCGCGUCUCUCCCAAAUCAACGAUCUGCUGCAGCACAACCGCAACACCACCGCCGCCUUGGUGGCUGUCUCAGAAGAAUAUAGUGGUGGGGGUGCAGUGCGAUCCUCCACAGGUGCGACAACCGUCGACUCUAUUGACACGCCGCCCAUUGUGGAAGAUGGGCAGCGAGGUUGCAUGUCUUUUGAGGCCCUGCCGCCGCCUCUAGUAACGCCGGCGCCCAUUGUGGCAGUUGUGGAAAGCAAGUUGCCGCCAAUGACCACGUUGCCCCUGCCGGCCACAGCUCCGGUGCCGCCAUCUGCCCCACAACCGCGCCAGCCGCUCGAUCAGCACCAUCAGUCCAUUGGCGAGUCCACCUAGAAGAAUUCAGGGCUAGUGGGUGGGUCUUAAUCGUAAAAGAUAACGAAGAGUAGGUACAAAAUAUUAUCAAUUGAGGAUUCUUAGUUUGAUUGUCAUGCAUCUUAGAUAUCGGAAUGAAAAUAUUUAAUUUAAAAGAAUUAUAUUUGUUAAGUUAAAAAUGAAACAUUUCCACUUAAAGUUCCUUUUUUGUUUAAGCUUUUUACUUUGCAGUUUGAGUUCAAAUUAUGUUUCUUUAAAAGUUAAUUUCUGAUGAUUUAGUUUAUAGUUUGCUUUCAAAUUGAAUUAUCUUUUAAGACAAAAUCUCCCGGAAUUUUAGAUCGAUAGUGUUUGUCCUAUUUUUUGAAAGAGAUCCACCCGGCUGAUUGGCUGGAAACUAGAGGAUCAAUGUAAGAGAGAGAGAGAGAAUGCUGGGAUAGUUUUUAUAGCAAUUUUAUACAGCAAAAAGACUUCAUUACAUUUAAGGCGGCGAUGGGCGUGGCACGGAUGACGAAUGACGGAUGAGAAGGCAAAUCAGGGGCAGGAAUCAAAAACACACAACACUCCCCGAAAUCGGGAAAAUAUAUCUUCAGUAGCGGUGGGAGCCCGAAAAGAGCUCUAAACCGUAUUGUAAAAAUUUUUAUUGUUAAAUUCUAAUUAGUCUCUAAGUGCAUAAUGUAAUUUAGUUACUUUGUUGCUUAAGUUAUGUUUCUUCCGCAAACACAAAUUCUAUUCUAACUAA